GUACAACGUGCCAGAGUUUUAUUUUUGUGAUUCUUGAACAUCUUAAUUUUUAAUUUUGUAAAAUAAUUUAAAAUACUCAUUCAUAAUGUCAGAGGUUUGGAAGGGAAAAGCCUAUAAGUUGACCGAUUCGAAAAAUUUCGACAAAUAUUUAAAAGUGUUUGGUGUUGGAUUUAUUCAACGUAAACUGGUAAACUCAAUUACUACAACAAUCGAACUGAAAAAAGAUGGUGAUCUAUACACUUUAGUGACAUCAACGAAAUUUGGACCAUUGACCAUUUCAUUUAAACUGGAUGAGGAAUUCGUCGAGAGAAUUGCUGAUGGUCGCCAAUUAAAAAGCAUCAUCACAAUGGACGGAAACAAAAUGAUCCACAAACAACUUAGCGAUCCGCCAGCAACUAUCAUCCGUGAGUUCGAUGAAAAUGAUUUGGUAGAAACAAUGACCAUUGGAGAUGUCGUUUGCGUCCGCAAAUAUGCCGUACAAAAAUAAAAAUAAAAACAAUUUCAAUUUUUUUAUUGUCGUUUUAAAUCCUGUCCAGAAUCAAUGAUACCAGUAUUCACAUAAAAAUUAGAAAU